CCCAUUUCAUGCAUGUCUCUCUCUCUAUCUCUCGCACUAUACACAAACUUCAAUUUCUCCGGCUUAACUCUUGUUGAUCUGCUUUUCCGACAUUAGCUAGUGUGGUUCGAUCUCGCAAUGGAUGAAGUAUACGACGUCGUAGUUCUGGGCACUGGCCUCAAGGAGUGCAUUCUCAGUGGCCUCCUCUCUGUCGAUGGCCUCAAAGUAAGCCUUACUAUUUUGUUUACAAUUUUGUGGUUUUAUGUAUUGCCGACUAAUCUAAAUGGCGAUUUACUCAACCACAUGCAACAGGUAUUGCACAUGGAUAGAAAUGAUUACUAUGGAGGAGAGUCAACUUCCCUGAAUCUAAACCAGCUUUGGAAGCGAUUCAGGGGCAGUGACACACCUCCAGCACAGUUGGGUUCAAACAGAGAUUACAAUGUUGACAUGAUUCCUAAGUUCAUGAUGGCUAAUGGUGGCCUGGUUCGUACUCUUAUCCACACGGAUGUUACAAAGUAUCUGAAUUUCAAAGCUGUUGAUGGCAGUUUUGUGUACAACAAAGGGAGGAUUCACAAAGUACCAGCCACUGAUGUGGAAGCACUUAAAUCUCCACUAAUGGGACUGUUUGAGAAGCGUCGUGCUCGAAAAUUCUUCAUUUAUGUGCAGGACUAUGAAGAGAGUGAUCCAAAGUCGCAUGAAGGGCUGGACCUCAACAAAGUUACAGGAAGAGAUCUUAUUUCGAAGUAUGGCCUAGAUGACAAUACUGUUGAUUUUAUUGGGCAUGCAUUGGCACUCCAUAGAGAUGAUAGUUACUUGGACCAGCCUGCCAUGGAUUUUGUAAAGAGAGUUAAGCUAUAUGCAGAGUCUUUAGCUCGCUUUCAAGGAGGAUCUCCUUACAUUUAUCCCAUGUAUGGACUUGGAGAACUGCCUCAGGCAUUUGCUCGUCUCAGUGCUGUUUAUGGUGGCACCUACAUGCUCAGCAAGCCAGAAUGCAAGGUAGAAUUUGAUACAGAUGGAAAGGCCUUUGGUGUGACAUCAGAAGGAGAAACAGCAAAAUGCAAGAAAGUAGUGUGUGAUCCAUCAUAUUUGCCCGACAAGGUAAAGAAGGUCGGCAAAGUAGCUCGUGCUAUAUGUAUAAUGAGUCAUCCCAUCCCUAACACCAAUGAUGCUCACUCAGUCCAGGUUAUUCUGCCUCAGAAACAGCUUGGGCGUAAAUCUGACAUGUAUCUGUUUUGCUGCUCAUAUUCUCAUAAUGUAGCUCCAAAAGGUAAAUAUAUUGCUUUUGUUACGACAGAGGCAGAGACUGAUAACCCAGAAGUGGAAUUGAAGCCUGGCAUUGAUCUCCUUGGACCCACAGACGAAAUAUUUUUUGAUACAUAUGACAGAUAUGAGCCCACUAACCAGAAUUCUGUUGACAAUUGUUUCAUAUCAACUAGUUAUGAUGCAACAACACACUUUGAGUCCACAGUUAAAGAUGUGAUCUCCAUGUACAGCCAGAUAACCGGAAAGACUCUUGACCUAACAGUGGAUCUAAGUGCUGCCAGUGCUGCUGCUGAAGAAUGAAUCUCUGAAGGCGUACAAGCUAAAGAGAACUGGGGAAAGGAUUUUAACAAUUAACACCCAAGUCAUAUUUCACAGAAAGGGAUCUUUUUUUUAGACGUUGAAUUCGAGUGGUCAUCAAAUAGAUUCUGCUAUUGAUUUUCGGGAAAAAACUCAGUACCUUUCCAUAUGUAGUUCCCCAAGACAUGCAUUGUUUCGCAACAUUACUUUUCUUUCUGCUUGUACUGAGAGUGAAUUGGUUGAACUGAUUAGUUUUUCUAUAAGCAUUUG